CCUGGUUUACCCAACGCAUUUUCCGGUCCAAUAGUUCCUAAUGAGCUUAGUACUCCAGUCAACAGUCCCAGGAGCAAGAGGAAUAACAAAUGGAAAGAUAACCACAGCAUUGACAAGGAUUAUUAAUAUGUCACGUUGUGACAAAGAAUGUGACAGCAUUAUCCGUAACCUGUAACGGAUAUCCCUCCCUGGCUCUCUCUCGCCUCUAAACCCAUGCAACUGAAAGUCCCGCCCUCUCGCUAGUCAGAAGAGCCGAUUUGGAGCAUCCCUGUUCGGGUGCGUUUUGUUGUGGGGCGAGAACGCCUGGGAACGAGGCGAAGUAAGCAUCGUUCGUCUGGCCUAUAUUCCUGCUCUCAAUCCUCGACAGUACACCUGGGAAGUAACUGCUGGUUAGAGUAAAUGUAAUAAAGCGUUUAUGACGAGAGGACGAAGCAUAAGUGGCUCAUGUCCCGCUCUUCGACCACCGUGUCUGGGAUGAUGCCCAACAGACUAGUCCGGUGCCUGGCAGGUGCUUAUGGCUGUCAGUGGAAGCGGUACCGGGGGACUCGCAUGCAGCAAGGGGAUUGUUGUUGCAACAAGUUGGAAGGGGCAAGCUUUGCUCUACUUCUAACAGCCUUCUGCUUGACCCUGGUGUUCCUGUACUUUUGGAGCCAAGCACAGAACGACUACAAUGAUUUUGACUGGUUUAACUUUAUGAACCUGGGCUUCUGGGUCCCGUGGUCCGUGGUGCUGCUGGUCGUCGCCGCGUCCUUCUUCACGUACACGGCUGUGCUUAUGCUGCUUGCAGUGUGUUUGCUAUCUGAGGGCCAAAAACUCUACUUACACUGGAGUCACAAGAUUGGAAUUGGGGUGAGCCUAGUGUUCUCUGUGGGUGCUAUCGCCGUAUUGACCGGCCUGUGGGGCGAUGAGUGGGAGACACUUGUGCUCUCUUUCCAGGUGACUGCACCUUAUUUGCACGUGGGGGGCGUUCUGUUGGCCACGGCCCUGGGCUGGCCAGUCGCUUUGCAUUUCUUUUGCAUGAACAGCAGAGUCAGACGGGCCCUGGUCCUGGCCCUGUACCUGGGGGGUCUGGUGGCUCUUUACCUGUCUCCCUUGGGGAUGUACUCCCCCUGCAUCAUGGAGAAGGGCACCCUGGGACCUGCUCCAGGCCUCAUCGGCCACAGAGGCACGCCCAUGCUGGCUCCGGAAAACACGGCCAUGUCCUUUGAGAAGGCGGUGGAGGCAGGAAGCCUGGGCCUGGAGGCAGACGUCACGAUAAGCUACGACGGGGUGCCGUUCCUCAUGCAUGACGUCACUCUGCUGAGGACCACCAACGUCCGGGAGGUUUUCCCCGACCGCACGCACGCCCCCGCUGCCCUGUUCUCCUGGGCCGAGCUGGAGAGCCUCAACGCCGGAGCCUGGUUCCUCUCGCACAAUCCUUUCGGCACGGUGGCGUCGCUGGGUGCGGCGGAGCGGGAGCGAGCGGGGAACCAGUCGGUGUGCAGCCUGCGGACCUUCCUGGAGCUGGCCGCAGCCCGGCGGGACACGCUGGUGAUCUUUGACCUCUACCGACCGCCCAGAGGUCACCCGUACCGGGACAGCUGGAUCCAGCGUACACUGGAGGUCAUCCACAACGAGUCGUCCAUACGGUCGCAGCAGGUACUAUGGCUGCCCCCGGACUUGCGGGCCGUGGUGCAGGAGAUAGACCCUGAGCUCCAGCAGACGUCCAGCCGGCUCCCCCUAGAGGAGCUCCGGCGCAACCGCAUCGUCAAAGCCAACCUGCACUACAGGGACAUGUCCACCGAGCUCAUCGGGGAGUAUGCUGCGGCGAACAUCACCACCAACCUCUACGUGAUCACCCAGCCGUGGCUCUACUCCCUGGCCUGGUGCGCGGGCGUGCACUCGGUCACCACCAACGCCCCGCACAUCCUCCGUGCACUGCACACACCGCUGUUCCUCAUGACUCCAGGCGAGUAUAAUGUGAUGUGGAUCCUGACUGAUGUAGCUUCCUUCAUACUGGUUCUUCUCCUCUUCUUCUUCCAUUGGUGGCGCAAACAGAGUCUUGCCUGCAGUAAAUCUGCCCUGGAGGAACCGGGCACCUACAGGAAGAUCAGACCAGAGAUGGGUGACGUGUGGUCCGUCCCCACCAUCCCUGCCCAGAGAGAGCAACGCAUCGCACUGACUUCAUCGCUCGACUGGCCAGUGCGAGGGAAGGAGUCCCCUGGCUGAACCCAUACUCGCACUGCCAAUGUUGGAUGUGGACAGAACACAGCAGCCUCAGAUUAGUUGCACGCAGCUGUAGGGAUUUAGUUUCGCUCUUAAGGUUGGAUAUAUUUCUUUAAGGAAAAAUGCAUUGAAUCCCAGCUGAACAUUUCUGGCUGUGAUCCCCAAAGUCUGCCGCAGAACCGUUUAAAACCCGUAUCUCAAUAGAUGAACUGGGAAUUCAGGGACCACAAUGGAAAUCAGCUUUCGGGUUUUAUUGGUUCAUCCCUUAAUAUUUAUCUAUUUUAAUGUAUGACACAGAGUGCUGUUCAUAUUUUAUAUAAAAAUGGUCAAAAUAUAUCAAUCAAUCCCAUUCGAAGAGCAUCUGCUAAAAUGGUAAAAAAAACUAGCAAUAUUAAAUGAUGUGAAAUCAUCGCAUGGUGAAAACGGUUGACCCCCAGCCCUUUAAAGACCUAAUUAUAGACAUUAUAUCGUGAUGCCCACCGUUCACAUUGUCUUUGAUCCAAAGUGACUCGAGGCUCAGAACACCCGAAGCAUACGAUCAGGAUCGCAGCAACUAGUGCCUGAUUACCACGCCUCUAAAAAAACGAAAGAGACAUAGGGAGUGAUUCACUGAAUAGGAAUCAGAAAAUCAGGGUGCAUUAAAAAUAUGUCAUUAGCCCUUUUGCUAAAUCAACUAUCAGAGAAUGUAAAACAGCUGUUUUUUGUUGUUGUUUGAAGUUGAAGAAAUCCUAAGAUAAUUGAUGAUUUAUUCUAGAAAGCCCCUGGGAAACAUCUGUUUGGAUGAUUUGAUUGAUGAUUCUGGAUUUGCUCUUUUUAGUACAGUUGGACAAAUGGAGAGUAUAUUAUAUUAUAUAUGAUAUACACCUUUUUUUUCUCAUUAGAGUGCUCAUACAAGCCACAUGACAUGACACAACAUAAGAAUAUAUCUUUCCAUUCAACGAAGUAUGUAGAUAUGCUAUGUAAAGAAACACAAGCACAAUAUAUUGCAUAUGAGAUAAGCUUACAGAAUGUAUUCAUAGUUAAGUAUGUAUGAUAUCAUUUAUAUUCACUCUACUUAAAUCGCACAUGAAAAGAGUAAAAUGCAAUACUUAAUGUGAAUAGUUGUGGAAUAUGAAUUUAUUGGUUGCUUUAUGUGCCACUGAAUCACUCUGUAUAAUACAAGACUUAUUUUGUCAUGAGUAGCCAUUUCCUAAUUGUAAACUAACUCCCAUCUCUCAUUCUAUCCAUCUCUUUAUCGCAAUAUCGCUCUAUUUUGCAACCUAUCUUUUUAUAACUGUUGAACAACUUGAAUGAGAUGCGUUUAUUGUAAAACACAUUAGAAUGAUAGAACGUUUCUGGUCUAAAUGCUAUUCAAUGCCUUAGAUUUGGUCAUACAACCAAGACACAAGUGAGUGUUUUAAACGCCUGAAACCUAGUUUUUUGGACAGUGUCACUAUACAUAACUGUAUUUAGUUACGCACCUAUAAAUAAAUAUAAUCAUUGUCUAAAUAAUCAUCUAGUACCA